AUGGACCCCGUCAUCAUAACGCCGGAUGACGUAGUUGAGGCGGUCCGUAGGGCCCCGAACUGGAAAUGUCCGGGGCUCGACGGGUUGCAUCACUACUGGCUGAAGGGGUUCGUGGUGUGUCACGCUGUACUCGCCCGACAGUUUCAAGAGGCUCUCAACCAGAAGUCGCACCCGAGCCUCUUCACUACUGGGAUCAAUCAUUUGGUUCCUAAAGAUCAGGAUACCACAGACCCGAGCAAAUACCGCCCCAUCACGUGUCUACCCACGAUAUACAAGACACUAACAUCCAUUUUGAGCGCGAGAAUCAGUCGUCACCUGAACUCAAAUCAGGUGAUGUCGCGCGCUCAGAAUGGAUGUAGGGGCGGUGGUCGUGGAACUAAGGAACCACUCCUCAUUGACGUGGUCAUUGGCAAGGUGGUUAAACGCAACCGUCGGAACCUCUCCGCCGCCUGGAUAGACUACAAAAAGGCACUCGACUCGGUGCCUCACGCAUGGCUUAAGAGGGUCCUCGAGUUGUACAAGAUUGACUGUACAGUUAGAGAUUUCCUCGGGCAGUGUAUGGGGCAGUGGAGUAUGAUCCUUUGUCAUCUAGGCGAGCGGAUGACGGCUGCGGAGAACCACAUAAAGAUAAGAAGGGGUAUCUUCCAGGGCGAUUGUUUGAGUCCAAUCUGGUUCUGCCUCUCUCUGAACCCUCUCAGUACCUUACUGGAGGGCUCCGGGAGCGGAUUUCAGCUUCGGAAGGGAGGUACAAAAGUGACCCACCUUUUCUAUACGGAUGAUCUCAAGUUAUUCGCCUCCAGUCGCUCUCAUCUUAUGGAAUUGCUAAACAUCACUUGUGAUUUUAGCAAUUCUAUAAGAAAGGAGCUGGGGACGGAUAAGUGUGCGGUCCUCCAUGUUGAAAGGGGAAGGGUUGCUAACUCUGAGGGCAUAGAUUUAUCUAUGCCCAUCAACAUAAGGACCCUUUCCGAGGCUGAAACAUACCGAUACCUGGGUAUGUCACAGAACAUCGGUGUAGAUGAGGCGUGUAUGAAACAGUCAGUUUGCGAUGUGUUUUAUGCACGCUUGACCAAAGUGCUUAACAGCCCUUUGUCCGGUGUGAAUAAGACGCACGCAUAUAACGGUUGGGUCAUGCCUGUUCUUAUGUAUACCUUUGGCAUACUUAGGUGGACUCAGACCGAACUAAACGCUCUGGACAGAAAAGUCCGCACUAUAAUGACGUCCCACAGGAUGCAUCAUCCGAGAUCGUCAGUAAUGAGGCUGUACUUGCCGCGGAAGCAUGGUGGGCGCGGCUUUUUAAGCGCGCUUACCAUGCAUAAUCGCGAAGUGUGCAGCCUCCGUAAUUACUUUCUAACGUGA